CACAUCUCUUUUCUAUGGCUGAGACACUGCGACUCUCAUGGCUAUUCUUCAUACUCAUUUUCUUUCUGGUGGAGUUGCAUGGAGAGCCGAGGGACACAGCACAAAGACGAAACAAGAGGGACAAUAGCAAUGACCAGCCUCGCAUGCUGUCAGACAAUGGCCACCUUGUUUUCACAACUGGUAACAAUAAAGAGAUCCGCUUCCAGACAUCAGCAUCAGGCCGGGUUAAAGUGAAUAAUGAAGACCUUACCCAACUUUUAAAUCAGAUCAAAACCAACAAAGAUGACAUUGAUUUUAUAAAGUCUCAUGGAGGUGGAGUUCCCCCUGAUGUCACCAACCAACUAAACCAGCUGGAUACCAGGGUGUCAACACUUGAGAAUAAGGUGUCAGCCCUUGAAAUGACUGUGCAGAAGGUGUCUUGCAGCAGUAAUCCCUGUCAGAAUGGAGGAACAUGUCUAAACUUACUUAACGCAUAUCACUGUGUGUGUCCCAGCAAUUGGGCUGUGAGUUUAAUACUGUUAAAAGUUGGUAAAGUAUUGAUUGCGGGCAUUAAUUAAUACUAAUU